GAAGCUCAAGACCAUCGACUCUGCAGAUGUCAAACCCUCGGAAGUAGGCCAAGUUCCGACAAGUGCGGGCAAUGCUGCAAAUCGUGUGGCUGUGAAUCAUCCUUGGAGAGAGAGAAACACAAGUGCUAUAUGGGGAGUGGAGCAACCUUGGUGGACGGUGUUCGUCGCUGGUUUCAACGUCGUACUAGUACCACUUCCUCUUCCAAACCUAUUAAUAAUCCGAACCCGAACCCGAAUCGGAAUCCGAAUAAUAACAACCAUGAUUAUAAUGACAGCGAUUUAAGCGCGCAAUCAUCCACUGGUCUCCAAAAAGAGGAGGAAGACGAUCUUCUUCAGUUUCAGGUUGAGGACGACUUCGACAUUUCUGGUUUGAAGCUCAUCCGAGUUCCCAAACGGGCCCACCAUUUCAAAGCUGCCCACAAUCCACCACCACCCAUUAUGGAAAAGAAGAGCAAUCUAGAGUCAGAAUUCUUCACGGAAUAUGGAGAGGCAAGCCGGUACCAAGUUCAGGAGGUCAUUGGGAAAGGAAGUUACGGUGUUGUGGGUUCUGCGGUUGACACCCACACUGGAGAAAAGGUUGCGAUUAAGAAGAUUAAUGAUGUGUUUGAGCAUGUCUCAGAUGCUACAAGGAUCUUGAGAGAAAUCAAGCUUCUUCGUUUGCUUCGUCAUCCUGAUAUCGUUGAGAUAAAGCACAUCAUGCUUCCUCCUUCACGACGAGAAUUCAGAGAUAUCUAUGUCGUGUUUGAGUUGAUGGAAUCUGACCUCCACCAGGUUAUCAAGGCAAAUGAUGAUCUUACCCCUGAGCAUUAUCAGUUUUUCCUGUACCAGCUUCUUCGUGGUCUAAAGUAUAUUCAUACAGCAAAUGUGUUUCAUCGAGAUUUAAAGCCAAAAAAUAUCCUUGCAAAUGCUGACUGCAAAUUAAAGAUAUGUGACUUUGGGCUUGCUCGAGUAUCUUUCAAUGAUGCCCCAUCUGCUAUUUUUUGGACUGAUUAUGUUGCAACUCGAUGGUACCGAGCCCCUGAACUUUGUGGCUCAUUUUUCUCAAAAUAUACUCCUGCAAUUGAUAUCUGGAGCAUAGGAUGCAUAUUUGCAGAAAUACUCACCGGAAAACCCCUGUUUCCUGGUAAAAAUGUGGUACACCAAUUAGAUCUCAUGACUGAUUUGCUUGGCACGCCUUCUUCAGAAUCCAUUGCAAGGAUUCGGAAUGAAAAAGCAAGAAGGUAUCUUAGUAGCAUGCGGAAAAAACAACCAGUUCCCUUCACACAUAAGUUCCCUAAUGCAGAUCCAUUGGCUCUUCGCCUGCUGGAGCAACUUCUUGCAUUUGAUCCCAAAGAUCGUCCGACAGCUGAAGAGGCAUUAGCUGAUCCAUACUUUCAUGGUUUGGCAAAUGUUGAUCGUGAGCCGGCCACUCAACCCAUUUCGAAACUUGAGUUUGAGUUUGAGCGAAGGAAAUUGACAAAAGAUGAUGUUAGAGAGUUAAUUUACAGGGAGAUUUUAGAGUAUCACCCCCAGAUGCUGCAGGAGUAUCUCCGAGGGGGAGAUCAAACGAGCAGCUUUAUGUAUCCUAGUGGUGUUGAUCGAUUCAAGCGACAGUUUGCACAUCUUGAGGAAAAAUAUGGUAAAGGUGAAAAAGGCACCCAUCUGCUCCAAAGGCAACAUGCCUCCUUGCCGAGAGAGCGCGUUCCUGCACCCAAGGAGGAUGCUGACCAAAGUGAGGAAUUGGAAAGGACUGCCGCUUCUGUUGCCACAUCUCUUCACAGCCCUCCAUCUGAUGGCUCUGAUAAUCUAAAUGCAAAUGGACCUAGCAAGAUAGUCUAUACUCCAGUAUCUAGUCGCAGCCUGUUGAAGAGUGCCAGCAUUAGUGCUUCCAAGUGUAUAGGUGUAGUGAAAAAAGAUUCACAGGAGGAUCCAAUUGCUGAGGUCAACGAUGAGUCAGUUGAUGGUUUGGCCCAAAAGGUUGCAGCUCUUCGUGCGUGA